UCACAUUUUCCCAAAAAACUCUGUCGAUCCUCUUGAUGUGUCUAUUUGUUGGCUAAAUGUCGGCUCUUCUUCAACCACCACGAUAGGCUGCUGGACUGGUUCUGGUGGUGGAAGUUCGGGGGGCAGUUGUGAUGCAUCUGGCAAGGUGUUGUAUGGAAAGAAGUCGGUGUCAGGUAUGCCCGUGAGAUUCGGCGGUUGGUCAAAGGCUUCGAGUGGUGGAAAUGCUUCAAAGUCUUCAAAAGAAAAUGGAUUGUCCAUUAGAGGUUGAGACAAAAGUCAAAGCGUCGCGCGUCGGGAUUUUGGGAAGAGCUUGUGACAUAAACUUGCGCUGUUUUGUAGAUCCCUCCAGCGGAUCGCCUGUUUUUUCCCCUUUGUUCUGGAUAAUUCACAUUAUGGCUCCCAUAUCGCCAGUUGUCAUGCCCCUGGAGCUCGUGGUCGACCGAUACUAUUUGGCAGCGGUGAUGAAGGCUCUCCUUCACUCUAUACUCUUUCAUAGACGCUUCACUUCAGAACGGCCCAUGGAAAUUGACCUCGAUGCACUGAACGUCACCUAUGCCCGUCUAGAAGAUCCCGAACUGGAACGAGCCGUUGAUGAAAAGGUCCGAAUGUUUGAUAAAGCGUUGGAGCCUCUUUCUGGACGAAAUAAAGGACAGAUUGCUGUCAUGUUUUUUGAACGACGGGCUAAAAAGUCAUGGUUUACGAAAACCGAAGAAGAAGUUUGUUGGGAGCAAUGGGUCAUUACCAUAACCAUACGAGAAUCCCGAACUGAGCGUGAACAUAUCGAUGCACGUCGGGCACUCCAAAAAGAUCUUGUGACAGCAUUGACCAGCAUCUCCCAGAUGACAAACGAGCAAAAAGAUCACAUUCCGCCGAUCGUCAACAAUGAUCCAUUCCCAUUUCAGAUUGUGAUAUCGUCCAAUUCAGAUGGUUCGUGGACAUCCAUGUUUAAGCAGAUGAUAACGUCGGGUGGCCCAUGGCUUUCCGCAACAUGAUGACAGACAUGUCGGAAGCAGAAAACCUCCCAAAGGCAUAGCCUUUGGACGUUUGAACAUGUAAUAUUGAUGUAUAUAUUCUUCCAUAAAUAAUGAUUCUAUCUAGUUAACUGUCA